UUUGUGGUCUAUUAUUUCGUGUUAAAUGUUUGUUUUCUUUUUAGUUACGAUCAAAGUGAUCAUAACCAUGGAAAUCUAUUAAAUCAUUUUCAAUAGUCCUCUUUUUUUGCUUAAAUCAUUUUCGAUAGCUGAUAAAGACUCUUAGAGUUAUAUGAAUGUACACACUAUCAAGCAUUUGUUUUAAUCUAAACUAAUACCUUAAAAGUUUAUAUGUAUUUAAUUUUUCUUCUACCAAUAAUCACAUUAAUCAAAAAUCUCAUCUAAAUAAUUGACGUUUUUUUCCUUAAAAUAUUCUAUUUUAACUCUCUCUAAUAAUUUUAAAUAAUAACUACUAAGCUUUUAGUAGGAAUCUUCUGGCUGCGUCAGAGGGUUCUGGUUCGUGGCGGUAACUAACAAAAUCGAGAAAUCAGAAAAGAAAAAAAGUGAAAUCUUACGGAUUUGAUCUUCUUCGGGUGAUUUCGCUCUCAUCAACAGCGAUUGUUCUCCAAUCAACAUCGAUCCCGUCCUUGACGACUCGGAUUGUAUAGCUCUUAAACAGCCUUCUCAUUUUGCAAGAAAGCUCAAUCAUUUUGUGACGAUGGACCCUCAACAUACCGGUGAUUUGAUGAAGCAUUUGGAGAAGCAGAAUGAAUUACUCAAGGAAACUCAGAUGACCAUGUCACAUGAACUCCAAAAACUCAUGGUGGAAGAAGAGAUGAUGAUGCAUAAACUCUGUGAGCUAAUGGUUACUCAUCGUAAAAACUUGAAGGAAAUGAAGAAAACUCAGAAUCUGUUGCAAGGAAAAGAAACAGUUGAAUCUUCUGUUGUUACAGUUGAGGCCCAACAACGCCCACCCAUCAUAUACCAAUACAGCAGGAGGAAGAGUAAGGCCCAGCAAGAAACGGUUCAGGUCUCCAAGUGAGCAGACGUCUAGAAGGUGAGGGAUUGAGAGAAUAAGUAACAAGCUAAGGAGUUGUACACAUGCUUGUGUAACCUUUGUGGCCUUAGUAUUAAUUAGAACACUGAAUUUUGAAUCUA